AAUUCCCAUUCGUAAUGAUCAUCCACUGUUGACACUUGACAGUUGGAUUGUUGUCAAGUAGGCAUGAAGUUGCAUAUGUUCAUCCAAGCGAGCAUGAGGAAGAAUCUGGUUGCAGCUGUAGAGAAUUGAUAGUGUUGCAUCUUCUUGAAUUCCAAGAGAGAAGUUGGAGUCGUUAUGCAGGUAGUGCUUGAGAGAGCUAAAGGUGGACCAAUUCUCAGUCCAGAACCGACAGGUGAUACAAUUCCCCCACUCUUAGCUUGAUACAAUCAUAUAUCAUAUAUAGGUCUUAUUUUGAGCAGUUUGUUGAUUAACCAUGAAUUUCUGGUGCUUGGUUGUAGGGUCCAGAAAGUGUUAAGGUUUCCAAUAAGAAGAAGUUCAGUCAAUUAAAAAAAAGACAAAUGGAGAUAUAGUUUCUACAUACUCUCUUCAAUUCUAAAAAAUCCAUGUUUUAGAAUUUUCACAUUUUUUAAUAAAACAUACUAUCAAUUCUAAAUUUAUAACUUAGUUAUAAGUGCAUAGUUUUUUGUAAUUUUAUAUGUCCUAUAUUUUUAAACCAAUAAAAAAUUUUAAAAAAUGCAAUUAAUGUUUUUGAACUUCACAAUUUUUCAUUAUUAGUUGACAAAAAUUACAUUGGAAAUAUAAAAUAUGUAUCUUUUUGAGACAUAAAUUUUCUCUAUAAUAUACUCCCUCCGUUUUUUAAUAUAAGUCGUUGUAGAGAAAUUUUUUUGUUUCAAAUUAUAUGUCGUUUUCGGUUUUCUAUGUAAAAUUUAUUAGUAAUUAAUAUUGUAUGACCAAUAGUAAUAUAUCUUUUAUUUUUCCAUUGGUUCAAUUGUAGUUAGGUAAAUAAUUAAUGAUGUUUUUGUUUAGAAAAUAUAAGAAAUUAAUGGUUUUCUUAAUCUACGUGCAUAGCUGUAAAACGACUUAUAUAAAAAAACGGAGGGAGUAGAUCUUUUAGGAACGUGAGGAGUAUGUUUUAAGACUCUCUCGACGAGAAACAUUUUCAUUCUCUCUCUUUCCUAAUUAAUUUUUUUCAAUACUUAGAUGCUGAUAAACCUAUUGACAUACUGUCAAUAAUAAUGGUCUGAAUAUGCUGUAUAAUAUUUCCCGUAUGAACUAGUCAUAUUGUUUUGUCAACUAGAAUUAGUUAUAGAUAUAUAAAAUUAUACACUGGGUCUUUCGCAGAAAUAUUGACGUCUGACCUUAUCAAUACUUGUAUAUCAUUUAUAAAGACAUGAUCAUGCCUCCCUCUAUAGAUUAACCAUGUUCUAUUCUUUACCACAAUAAUCUCUGAUCAUCACGUCUUCUUCUCUCCUCAGCCACCAAGGUUACUUCCCUUUCUCUCUCUCUCUCUCCUUUCCAAUAUUGCAGAACUCUAUAUGGUUUUAUCCCUGCAUUUACUAAAUCUGAAAUAUAGUCCAAAAUGUUAAAUGUAAAUGUAAUAGGCAUUUUGUAAUAACUUGUCCAUGUACAACAUGAAAUGUUGCUGAUUAAAGUUUCCUCCGUUUUAAGCUUUUCAUCGUGAAAGAGUAUUUUUCUCUAUCAAAUUCCCAACAUAAUAAAGAAACACAUGCAUGUGCGAAAGAGUGCAGUAACGAGCUAAGAACUGAUUCAAUACUCUUUCUACAUGUAUCAAGAUUAAAAAUCAGUUGGUGAUGGCACAAAAACUGGAAGCCAUAGGUAGCACAAAUGGCUUUACAUUCGAUGAUGGAUCUGACCAUGACAGUGUUUCCAAGAUUUUUGUUGGAGGUGGUCUUCAGGGAAUUCUUUACAUGGAAUUUGAAUAUGUAAGGAGUGGACAGCUUAAAUUUGGAUCACUCGUUGGUCGCCGUCAUAGAGGUUUCAUAGAGACGUUUGAGAUUAACCAUGUCAAAAAUGAACAUCUCGAAUCUGUAGAAGGUUACUACGAUCAUGAAUCCGGUUACAUUCAAGGACUUCAGUUCAAAACUAAUUUCAGAGUUUCAGAACUGAUUGGAUAUGAAAAGGGUAAUAAGUUUACACUUGAAGUCAAGGGAAAAAAGAUCAGUAGCUUUCAUGGAUAUAUGAGGAAGAGAAACAUCAUCGCCCUUGGAGCAUACUUCACUAUGAUUCUUCCUAGUAGACUGGACGUGAAAGGCGGCAAGGGAGGCCAUCAGUGGGAUGAUGGAGCUAACCAUGACGGUGUAACAAAAAUUCAUGUACGAGGUGGUUUUGACGGCAUUCAAUAUAUCAAAUUUAAUUAUGUCAAGAAUGGAGAAACCCAAGAUGGACCAAUCCAUGGUAUCUCCGGUAGCGGUUUCACACAGACGUUUGAGAUAAACCAUUUCAACGAUGAACAUUUGGUUUAUGUUGAGGGUUACUACGACGAUGAAUCUGGUGUAAUUCAAGCACUUCAAUUCAAAACUAACCUCAAGACUUCAGAUGUUUUAGGAUAUGAAAAGGGUAAGAAGUUUUUACUAGCAGACAAAGGUAAGAAAAUCAUUGGCUUUCAUGGAUACGCUGACAAGAAUCUCAAUUCUCUUGGAGCAUACUUCACAACGGUUUCUCUUACCAAAUCCGAACGCCAUGGUGGUUCUGAAGGCGUAUACUGGGAUGAUGGUGUUUUCGAAAGCAUAAGAACGGUGUAUGUUAGUUAUGAUACCAAUAACGUAAAGAGUAUCACGUUUCACUAUCACAACCGCACAGUUAUAGAGCGUCAACAUGGGUGGCAGACUAUACAAGAUGAUUUAGAAGAAGAAGAGUUUGAGCUCGACUAUCCAAAUGAAGUGAUUACAUAUGUUGAGGGGACUUUCAAAAGAUUUGGGCCUGGCAAGACGAGGGUAACGUCAUUGAUUUUCAAAUCAUCUGAAGGGAGAACCUCUCCGUCAUUUGGAGUAGUGUAUGGUACCAAAUUUGUGCUAGAGAAAAAAGGUUGUGCUGUGGUUGGGUUUCAUGGACGGCAUGAUGAUCGAGAUCUUGUUUCUAUUGGAGCCUAUUUUUCUCCAAUGCCUCCUCCUACUGCAGAGAAAUUACGAGCACAAGGUGGUCUUCGAGGAGAAUCAUGGGACGAUGGUGUUUUCGAUAGUGUUAGAAAGUUAUACGUUGGACAAGGUGAUAAUGGUGUUGCAUUCCUUAAGGUUGUGUACGGGAGGGACACUCGUAUUGUUAUUGGUGAAGAUCAUGGAAACACAACACCACUUGAAGUCAAAGAGUUUGAGCUCGAAUAUCCAAGUGAAUACAUUACAGCCGUGGAUGGUUGUUAUGACAAAGUAAUUGGAAGUGAAGUUGAAGUUAUAACUAUGCUUAGGUUUACAACGAACAAACAAACAUCUAUUCCCGUAGGAUUCCUAUCUACCUCGAGCUUUUUACUGUACAAAGAUGGCUUUAAAAUUGUUGGAUUCCAUGGAAAGUCAAGUAACAUGAUUAAUCAACUUGGGGUCCAUGUUCUGCCCUUCACUUAUUAAUCACCUUCUGAUCUCACAUGUUGAUUAUUGUCUUAUUUAUGCAACAUCUCACGUGAAACUAUUUCAAUAAAGAAACAUGUUUCGACCUGUGUUGUACAUACUCAUGAUUAUUUAAAAUCAUGUGUGAUAGUUUAAUUUGGUAAAUAACUACUGUAAAAGUUUAACUAUAUAAAUUGAAUCCGUUUUAUUUUGGUACAAAAUAUUUUGGAAAAAUUUCACUUUUACCACGUUGUUGGUAUCAUUAUUUAUGUCUACCUCA